AACUAACAAGCAUUAACUGGUAGAAAAAUGCAAGGCUAAAUAGGUGGGCUUUUAACCGCGAUUUGAAGGAUUGAAUGGAAUCAGACUCAGUUAUUCCAUAGAUUGGGUGCAGCCAAGGCAAACGCUCAGUCACCUCUAGUCUUCAGCCGGGAUCUCGGCAGUACCAAGAGUGACUGGGAAGAUGAUCUUAGUACUCUAGCAGGGGUGUAUAAUCUAAGUAGCUCAAUGAGGUAGCUUGGAGCUACAGUAUAUUGUUAAUUCAGCUGGGCGAUAUAAGAUUUUUUCAUAUCACGAUAUGCUUUUUUCAUUUCAGGCCAUAAUGAUAUAUAUCACGAUAUAAGCCAAAUGACUACAUUUGUAGUUGUAUCCAUAAUUUCUUGGAGCUAAUGAAUUUUACAGUGUUGAAUGAAGUUUAUGUGUUAUGCUAUUAAUUACAUAGCAUAUUGAUUUUUUGUUAGUGGGUUAAUCACUCUUUCUCACGCUCAUAUUAGUUGUUGGUGGCUACUGGUUAAUGAGUCACUAAAAAAGGCUUUUUGUCUGUCCUGAAGUUAAUCAACCCUACAUGCUCACCACGCCCACUUUAGUUCACAGCUAAAACAAGGCAAGCCUGUCGCGUUUAAACAGCUGUGUGUUAGGUCCAUGUGGCAUUUAAACCAAUUUGCAGCCCCAGGACAAAGACGAAAGUCACGCAGAACACUGAACCGUUUAUUAAGAGAGUGAAGAUGGACAAGUGGACAGCGGCUCUGCUCACUGGUGUUGCCUGCAUUGUGGGAUACCUGGUUGUGCGGGUGAAAAAGAUCAACAGCCUCCGACAGGCGGAGGAAAAGAUACAGAGAGCCAGAAACAGGAGAGACGAGAGCUUGCAGCGGGCAGAGCAGGCGGUGCUCCGGUACAAACAGUCGCAUCCGACAACUGACUCUGCUUUGAUCCUGACACUCUCCCUGUCUGAGCUGACAAAGCAACUGAAGGAAGGUUUACUGCGCCCCGAGGAUGUGCUUUACUCUUACAUGGAAAAGACUCUGGCUGUAAACAAAAAGCUGAACUGCUGCACUGAAAUUUUGCUGGAGAGUUUGGACCAGCUGACAACUGUUGGCUCCAACAAGGAUGGUCUCUUGUACGGAGUUCCAGUUAGCGUCAAAGAAAAUAUUACAUUUAAGAAUCAUGACUGUUCUUGUGGUGUGGUCAUUAACCUGGACCAGCCCGCUGAAAAGGACAGUGUGCUUGUUCAAGUCCUGAAGAAACAAGGAGCUAUUCCCUUUGUGAGAACCAACUUGCCUCAAGCUCUUUUAAACUAUGACUGCAGUAAUCCUAUCUACGGGCAGACUGUGAACCCUCAUAACCCCCAGAAGACCUCUGGAGGUUCAUCUGGUGGGGAGGGGGCUCUCAUCGGGGGAGGGGGCUCCCUGCUUGGUAUAGGCACUGAUAUAGGUGGCAGUAUCCGUAUUCCUGCAUCCUUCUGUGGAAUCUGUGGUUUCAAGCCAACUGCAGGUCGGCUCAGUUUACAGGGCCUUCGUCCAAUUUAUCGAGGGCAAAAGUCAGUGCCGUCAUCUCCUGGACCCAUGGCAAGAGAUGUGGACAGCCUGGCUCUGUGCAUGCAGGCACUUCUUUGUGACCACAUGUUUUCUUUGGACCCCACUGUUCCACCAUUACCUUUUAACAUGGAGAUAUACAGAAGCUCCAAACCUCUAAGGAUUGGUUAUUUGGAAAGCAAUGGCU